AUGGACAAGUUCCGGAUGGUCUUCCAGUUCCUACAGUCCAAUCAGGAGUCUUUCAUGAAUGGCAUCUGUGGCAUCAUGGCCCUGGCUAGUGCCCAGAUCUACUCGGCCUUCGACUUCAACUGCCCUUGCUUACCUGGCUACAAUGCGGCCUACAGUGCAGGCAUCCUGCUGGCUCCGCCACUGGUGCUUUUCCUUCUGGGCCUGGUCCUCAACAAUAACGUGUCCAUGCUGGCCGAGGAAUGGAAGCGGCCGCCUGGCCGACGAGCUAAGGACCCUGCCGUGCUGCGCUACAUGUUCUGCUCCAUGGCUCAGCGUGCCCUCAUCGCGCCCGUGGUUUGGGUGGCUGUCACACUGCUUGAUGGCAAGUGCUUCCUUUGUGCCUUCUGCACCGCUGUGCCCGUGACUGCGUUGGGUAACGGCAGUCUGGCCCCAAGCCUGCCUGCACCCGAGCUCGCCCGCCUGCUGGCUCGGGUGCCCUGUCCCGAGAUCUACGAUGGUGACUGGCUGCUGGCUCGAGAAGUGGCUGUGCGCUACCUGCGCUGCAUCUCCCAGGCCCUGGGCUGGUCCUUCGUGCUGCUAACCACGCUGCUGGCCUUCGUGGUGCGCUCCGUGCGGCCAUGCUUCACUCAGGCCGCCUUCCUCAAGAGCAAAUACUGGUCCCACUACAUUGACAUCGAGCGCAAGCUCUUCGACGAGACGUGCACGGAGCAUGCCAAGGCCUUCGCCAAGGUCUGCAUCCAGCAGUUCUUUGAGGCCAUGAACCAGGACCUGGAGCUGGGGCACUCCCAUGGGGCUCUGGCCCCGGCCCCCAUCAACACAGCGGCCCCGGCCACCCUCGACAGAGUGGAGGAGGAAAGGGAGAAGCUGCGCGGUAUCACGGAUCAGGGCGCGGUGAACAGGCUGCUCACCAGCUGGCACAAGUGCAAACCACCCCUGCACCUGGGCCAGGAGGAGCCACUGGUGGGCAAUGGCUGGGCAGGGGGUGGCUCCCGGGCCCUUCGCAGGGAGGUAGCCACCUAUGUCAGCAAGGUGUGA